GGAUGAGUAAAACCCAGGAUGAACCUCCUCACGAACUUGAGAACCAGUUUAUAUUGCGUCUGCCUCUGGAACAUGCAUCUACUGUCAGGAAGAUAGUACAUUCCAGAAGUGUUGCCAUGAAGGACAAACUAAAAAUUGACUUAUCUUCUGAUGGACGUCAUGCAAUUGUUGAGGUAGAAGAAAUCUCACUAGCCGCAAAGCUGGUUGAUUUGCCAUGUGUUAUUGGAAGUCUGAAAACUCUUGAUAAAAAAACUUUUUAUAAAACAGCAGAUAUUUCUCAGAUGCUUGUGUGCACUCCUGGUGCUGAGCUCCAGUCUUCUCCGGAAGAACCAGUUACUUCUACUGAUCUCAAAGCAAUCAGGAAAAGUGAAAAAGAGAGACAGAAAAAAUAUAUCUGGAAGCAUGGCAUUACUCCACCACUUAAGAAUGUCAGAAAGAAAAGGUUCCGCAAAACAACAAAAAAGCUCAUCGAUUUCAAACAAAUUGAAGAAAUCAGCUUUCCUAAGUACAUUGAAUCUCCUGAUGUGGAAAAGGAAGUAAAAAGACUCUUGUGUUCAGAUGCUGAAGCUGUCAGUGCUCGAUGGGAAGUCAUUGCUGAAGAUGAAACCAAGGAAAUUGAAAGUCAAGGCUCCAUCCCAGGUUUUGCAAUGUCCCCAGGGCUAAGUGACUAUAUGCAGGGUCAUAUCUUGUCAGAAUAUGGUAUGCUUCGGGAGAUGUCCAAUGAUUCUAGCAGUAACAGUGAUGAUGAUGAUGACGAUGACGAUGACGACGAAGACGAGGAUGAUGAUGACGAUGAGGAUGAGGAGGAUGAAGAAAAGGACAACUAUGGUGAUGAGUAUGAAGUUGAGGAAGAGGAGGAAGAUUAUUAUGAAAAGGAUCUGGAAAGGGAGCUACAGGCCAGGUUCUUUGCAUCUGGCCAAUAUGAGGCAAAGGAAGAAGCCAGUUCAGUAGUCAUGGAUAUUCAGAAGCAGAUUCAUUACAUGGAGAGAAAGCUCCAAGAGAUUCAAUGCAAAGCACAAAGACAGAAGGAUCUCAUAAUCAAAGUGGAAAACCUGACGCUCAAGAAUCAUUUACAGUCUAUGCUGGAGCAGCUUCAGCUACAGGAAAUACAAAAAAAUGAACAGCUCAUUUCCCUACGGGAACAAUUGAAGUAUUUUUUGGAGAAGUGAGAGAGCCUUCGCCCUGGCGCAGGAACGUUGGAUUCACUAUCCAGCCUGAAGACUGGAUGAAAUUGUAUGUGUUUCUGACCCUUUCAUUGAGUCAUUUGUAUUUGUUUAUCUGAACUUUUGUUUUCUAGUCAUAUCUGAAGUUUAGGGUUGUGUAGAAAGGGACAGAAUAUACAAACAUAGUAGACCUAAAAACCCAACUUCAAUAUGGAACUUUGCUUCUCUUUAUCAAUUUGAGAAUUGCUUAUAUUGCUUCUGUUGUGUUGAUGCCAUCAAAUGAUUCAGCCAUGCUUGCCAAAGACACUCUAGCCUGAAGGCUAUAUAGCUGGUUUGCAUAUGUUUCCAGUUCCCUUUUCCUAUAAAUUUUAAAUAUUUCCUAAGACACAAAAUGAAUCUUUUCUACCAAAGACUAGGACUUGCCACAGUGAA